GUGGCGAAAGGGGUAGAGGGCAGGGGACGGCCCCUAGCUAGAGGGCGGGCUCGGGGGUCUGGGUUGCCUCCCCGCACGUCCGCUCCUGUGUGGGUCCCACAGCCCCUAGCUACGCAAGGCUAAGGCUUAUAAGGUUUAGGUAGCAGGCACCAUCAUGCUGAAGGCUGUGAUCCUGAUUGGAGGCCCUCAAAAGGGGACUCGCUUCAGGCCUUUGUCUUUUGAGGUGCCCAAACCCCUAUUUCCGGUGGCGGGGGUCCCUAUGAUCCAGCACCACAUUGAGGCCUGUGCCCAGGUCCCUGGGAUGCAGGAGAUUCUGCUCAUUGGCUUCUACCAACCCGAUGAGGCCCUUACCCGGUUCCUGGAGGCUGCCCAGCAGGAGUUUAACCUUCCGGUCAGGUAUCUGCAGGAAUUUGCCCCCCUGGGCACGGGGGGCGGUCUCUACCAUUUCCGGGACCAGAUCCUGGCUGGAGGCCCCGAGGCCUUCUUCGUGCUCAACGCAGACGUCUGCUCCGACUUCCCCUUGAGCGCCAUGUUGGAUGCUCACAGACGCCAGCCUCACCCUUUCUUGCUCCUUGGCACCACGGCUAACAGAACGCAGUCCCUCAACUACGGCUGCAUUGUAGAGAAUCCACAGACGCACGAGGUCCUGCACUAUGUGGAGAAACCCAGCACAUUUGUUAGUGAUGUCAUCAACUGCGGCAUCUAUCUCUUUUCCCCGGAAGCCCUGAGGCCCCUGGGGGAUGUCUUCCGGCGUAAUCAGCAGGAUGGGCAACUGGAGGACUCUUCAGGCCUGUGGCGGGGGGCGGGUACCAUCCGCCUGGAGCAGGAUGUGUUCUCAGCCCUGGCUGGCCAGGGCCAGAUCUACGUGUACCUCACUGACGGGAUCUGGAGCCAGAUCAAGUCUGCAGGCUCAGCCCUCUAUGCCUCCCGCCUCUAUCUGGGCCAGUACCAGCUCACUCACCCAGAACGCCUGGCCAAGCACACCCCAGGGGGUCCACGGAUCCGAGGAAACGUUUACAUCCACCCAACGGCGAAGGUGGCCCCAUCGGCUGUGCUGGGCCCCAACGUCUCCAUCGGGGAGGGGGUGACCGUGGGCGAGGGUGUGCGGCUCCGAGAGAGCAUUAUUCUCCAUGGAGCCACGCUGCAGGAGCACACGUGUGUUCUGCACAGCAUAGUGGGCUGGGGGAGCACCGUGGGGCGCUGGGCCCGUGUGGAGGGCACCCCCAAUGACCCCAAUCCCAACGACCCCCGAGCCCACAUGGACAGUGAGAGCCUCUUCAAGGAUGGGAAGCUGUUGCCUGCCAUCACCAUCCUGGGCUGCCGCGUCCGGAUCCCUGCUGAGGUGCUGAUCCUGAACUCGAUUGUUCUGCCACACAAGGAGCUGAGCCGAAGCUUCACCAACCAGAUCAUCCUCUGAGGGGGGCUGCCAGAAGCCCCCCAACUCCUCCUUGUUCCUCUCGAGGCUACUGCCUGCAUGGCCAGCCUCUGUCCAGAAAGGACCGGAGGAAGCCAGGCAGGAUCUUCACACGCUGGGGGCAAUGUGGGUGGCCGGGGGACUCCUGGCCUCCCUCUCCACUCCCUAAUAAACCCCGUAAACCUUGGAGCCAGCACGGACUCCGCUUGUGC